AUGGAACCGAUAGCAGCCGCAUCAGCUACUUCAAACGGCGCCGCCGAAAAAACUCGGCGGCAAAGUAGCACUGGUGCCGAUUAUUUGCAAAUUGAUCCCUCAAGUACAUUUAUUAAUAAUACUGGUGAGUUUUUGAAUUUGGAAAUUAAUUCUUGAUUAAUUUAAAGAGAAAUUGGAACCUAAAUCAUGCAAUUUUCAGCUCGAAAUGGCGGAUUUGAAGAAUUACCAGAGAAUUUUCUUGACACAAUUUCACCGCAUCCAACAACACCAAGUGGAAGUGGCGGGGGAAGUGGUUCAUCAGAUUCUCCACCUUUAGCUCAACCAACUCUCACACAAUUGGCACCAAUGUCAACAACAACAACAAUUACAACAUCAGGAACAGAAGGCGCACCAAGUAGCAAUGUUUAUUCGGGAAUGUUGUCGAGUCAACAGUAUUCACAUUUAGACUCUGCGAAAUCAACAUUUUCUAAUUCUACAGCUGGUUUGUUAUCACCAUUACAUUUGGAUCGAAGGAUUGUACCACAAACAUCGAGAGAUUAUUCAGGAAGAGAUAGCAGUAAUUCACAAAUUCCACCAGGAUAUAUCAAGGUUUGUUUAAUUUGAUAAUUUUAUUAUACAAUUCAAAUUUUCUAGGAAGAAGAAGUUGAUCUUGACGGAAAUCUUCUAAUGACAUCAUUAAGUCAACAACAACAAGAAAUGGAAAGAAUAUCACAAGCUGAAACACCUCCAGCUGUAUCAAAUGUUGAAUUAGCAAGUACAAUGAUUGCAUCAUUAAUUGGCGGAGAAUCGCACGGAAUUCAAAAUGAUUCAGCAUCGCCGUCACCUCAUAAUAAUUAUUCGGGAGAAACGACACUUUUGUCGCAUUCACAAAUGAUAAAAGACGAAUCAGAAGAUGAUCCAACAUUGGCUACUUAUACUACUACUAAAGCUGUUGUAUAUAAAAGUGGGUUUUUUUUGUUUUAGGCAUUUGAAGUUAAAUAAACAAAUUACAGGAAGUAUUCCUGCAGCUGCACAAUCUCAUAAUAACGAAUCGCAUGAUCUCGAUUUUCACGCAAAACAUGUAUACAAUAGAGGUAAGAUUUUUUCAGAAGUUUUCUUUUAAAAACAUUUAAUUUUGUCUCCUGAAUUUGAAGAAGAAAAAACUCCUAAAUUUCCAACAAAAAAUUGAAUUUUUCAUGAUGAAACUGAAUCUUACGUAAUAAAUUUUCCUGAACAACAAAGGUGUGAGCAUAAAUUAGAAACGAGUUUACGCGAAAAAGUACAAUUUUUCCAAUAAAAAUGAAAAUCUUUUAGAAGCUUCUUCAUCGAAUCAUCAACCAAUUGUUGUUCGAAAAAUAUAUUCAACCCAAGAUAGCAAUGAUCCAUUGAAUGCUGAAAUCGAUGAUGAUAUUUAUAUUGAUACAAAAGAUUUGUGUAAACGAAUUGCAUUCGAAUUGAAACAACAUUCAAUACCUCAAGCGAUAUUCGCUGAAAGAAUAUUAUGUAGAAGUCAAGGAACAUUAUCCGAUUUAUUACGUAAUCCAAAACCAUGGAAUAAAUUGAAAUCAGGUCGAGAAACAUUUCGACGAAUGUAUAAUUGGGUUAGACAACCAUUGGCUACACGAUUAGCUAUUUUGGAUAUGAAAACAGGUAUAUUUUAUUUUACUUUUUAUCGCAAAUAAUUUAUAUAAUAUUUUAAAGAUGGAGAUGAUGCGAUUUGUCGAGUAUCCGGAAUGUCGCCUCCAACACCAGCACAAAAUGUGAGACAACAACGAAAAUCAUCAUCAGAUCCAGAUGGACCAAGCUCAAAACGACCUCGACUUGUUUUUACUGAUAUUCAAAAACGAACAUUGCAAGCUAUUUUCAAAGAAACACAGCGACCUUCAAGAGAAAUGCAGCAAACGAUAGCAGAACAUUUAAGACUGGAUUUAUCAACUGUCGCCAACUUUUUUAUGAAUGCGAGAAGACGGAGUCGAAUUGGACCAAAUAAUGAAGAUGGAACCGCUUAUCAACAGGUUUGUGGAUUUUUUGUUGUUUGGAAAAAAUUCAAACACUAAAUUAGAAAUUGUUUGUUGUACAUCACUUUCUUUUUACAAGAGAAGGUCACUGAACUAUGAUGAACAUCUCUAUACAAAAAUAAUAAAAAUCAGGAGGUUUUCAAAAAUUUAUUGAUGUUGCAUUUGAAAAUCAGAUUUUUUUCGAAUAAAAAUGUCAUACAAUUUUUUUUUCACUUUUGAUUUUGCAAUCAAAUGAAAGUUUAAAAUAUUUCAAAAAUUAAAAUCAUACUGUUUUAAUGAAAAUUUCAAUAAAAUUUUCAAAAUGUUCGAUUUUCCUAAAUUACUCAUAAUCAAUACAUUUUACUCACCAUUUCUAGAUUGGAUUGUUUUUUUUUCAAAAUUUCAUUGAAUUAAUUUUUUCCACAAUCAAAAAUAUUCAAAUUCUCAAUGGUUCACUAGAUAUGUUCACAUUUCAAUUUUUGUUUAAAAAAUCAUUUGUAAAAUUAUAUUCUAAAAACUUGAAAUGCAAACCUUUUUUCUUAAAAUUUCUCAACAAAUAAUUUUGCAGAUGGAUGUUUAUAAAGAUGAGGAUGGAAUAAGUGUUGAAAAUGACGGUGUUUAUGAACAUGAAUUAGAUGAACCAGUUCAACAUCUUCCACCACAAGCACCUCCUCCUCCACAACAACAACAAUCAUCACAACCUUCUCAACCACAAACUCAACCACAAUCAACAUCUCCUUCAACAAUUGUAAAAGAAGAAACACCAGAUGAAGAAGAAGAAUAUAAACCAGAGACUUAG